AUGACAGGCCCUACAGCCGCGCCGUCGGCCGACCCUAUCAGGACAACUCCGCCUAAUCCCAUAGAGCAAAGCUCCGACGAGACCCUCCAGGGACAGACAGCCACAGACUCUCCUUUCGAAAAAGACCGCUCCUAUGACCCGACCCUGGACGAAGAGGGCAAGGAGGAGGAGCUCGAAGCAGACGUCGAGAAAGAGGGUGCGGUGGAGCCUCCACCACCAGCACCGCCUGCCAAGGAUCCCAAUGUCAUAGAGUGGGAUGGCCCUGAUGAUCCAGGAAAUCCGCAAAAUUGGCCCCUCUUCAAAAAAUGGAGGGUUACCAUCAUGUUGGGUAUGAUGACAUUCUGCGUGACCUUCGCCAGUAGUGUCUUCAGUACGGCUAUCGUAGCUACUUCAAUUCGUUUCCACGUCUCGACCGAGGUGAUGACACUGGGCGUCAGCUUGUUUGUAUUGGGUUUCGCACUUGGCCCACUCAUGUGGGGUCCUUUCUCUGAGCUCUUUGGCCGCAAGAAGCCGCUCUUUGCGGGGUAUAUCCUUUUCGUCAUUUUCCAGGUCCCCGUUGCCGUUGCUCAAAACGUGCAAACGAUCAUGCUGUGUCGCUUUUUUGGUGGGCUCUUUGGCUCAGCACCCUUAGCUAUCGUUGGUGGUGCACUUGCGGAUUUUUGGGGCCCGGUCGAUCGAGGCGUUGCACUCUGUGUCUUUGCUGGUGCAACAUUUAUCGGUCCCAUCGGCGGUCCCAUUCUAGGCGGUUUCAUUACCCAGAGCUACUUGGGCUGGCGCUGGACCGCAUAUAUCACCUUGAUCAUCGGAGCGCUCAUGCUUGUUCUCGGUAUUUUCCUGGUUCCGGAAUCCUAUGGGCCUGUCCUUCUUCAGCAGCGAGCCAAACGGAUCCGAUAUUCCACGAAGAACUGGGCUGUUCGCUCAAAGCUGGACGAGACCGAGCUUGAUAUGAAGAAUCUGGUCAACAAAUAUCUCUUGAUUCCAAUCAAAAUGCUCAUCUACGAACCAAUUCUCAUUCUUGUGACCAUCUACCUGGCACUCAUUUAUGGCAUCAUGUAUCUCUUCUUUGAAUCCUAUCCCAUCUCCUUCCAGGAAGAGCGGGGUUGGAAUGAGGGCGUUGGUGCUUUGCCGUUUCUUGGUAUUGGUAUCGGAGUCGCUCUAGGCUGCGGUGUCAUUGCUUGGACGUCCAAGACCCGCUUUGCGCGGAAGAUGAAGAAGCACGGACGCGUCAUUCCGGAAGAACGCUUGCCGCCCAUGAUUCUGGGAGCUAUCAUCUUCCCUCCGGGCCUCUUCUGGUUCGCUUGGACGAGCAACAAGCACAUCCUUUGGGUGCCCCAAGUGAUUUCUGGCAUCCCGAUUGGCAUGGGUGUCCUGAUGAUCUUCAUGCAGGGUCUCAAUUACCUCAUCGACGUAUACUUGAUGCACGCAAAUUCCGCCAUUGCUGCCAAUACCCUUCUCCGGUCUGCAGCAGGAGCCGGCUUCCCGUUGUUCGCUGCCCCUAUGUUCCACAACUUGGGUGUGGCAUGGGCCACGAGCCUUCUCGCGUUCUUGCUGGUCGCAAUGGCUCCUGUGCCGAUCAUCUUCUUUUUCUACGGUAAGAAGAUCCGGCAGUGGAGCAAAUACAGCCCCACCGCUAAAUAG